CCGUAGUGCGAACCAUGGGAGGCGGCUGGUGGUGGGCUCGGGCCGCCCGACUGGCCCGGCUCUGCUUCCGGGGGGCGCUGCUGCCGCCUCCGCGGCCCCGGAGCGGGGGCGCCCGGGGGUCUUUCGCCCCCGGCCACGGCCCCCGCGCCGGGACUUCGCCACCCCCCGUGUCCGAGCUGGAUCGUGCGGACGCCUGGCUCCUUCGGAAGGCGCACGAGACAGCAUUCCUCUCCUGGUUCCGCAAUGGUCUCCUGGCAUCAGGUAUCGGGGUCAUCUCCUUCAUGCAGAGUGACAUGGGUCGGGAAGCUGCCUAUGGCUUCUUCCUGCUGGGCGGCCUGUGCGUGGUGUGGGGCGGCUCCUCCUACGUGGUGGGCCUGGCGGCGCUGCGGGGACCCAUGCAGCUGUCGCUGGGGGGCGCGGCGGCGAGUGUGGGGGCCGUGCUGGCCGUAGGCCUGCUCUGGGCUUGUGCCGUCGGCCUCUACAUGGGUCAGCUGGAGCUGGAUGUGGAGCUGGUGCCCGAGGACGACGGGACGGCGGCUGCUGAAGGCCCCGAUGAAGCAGGCCGGCCACCACCAGAGUGAGUGGCUGGGCCAUGGGGAAUGGCCGGGCGCUGGACGGCCGGGGGCCCAAGGACCGGGACAUUAAAACCUGACCCUUCGCCUGCUCCA